UAUACACAGACAGACUCACUUGUACACAGCAUAUCCCAUUUUUGCGUUGCUUCGUAUUGAAUCAACAGCCCAUCGCAAACACUUGGUUGGCGCGCCGUCGCAGUAGCCCACGGAAAAGUCGCGCAGCAGCCUCGGAACCGCUUUUCCAUCCUUUGUCCGUGCAGUUUGAGCAGAAAGUGCAGAAAGGAAUGAAGCGCUGUUUCGAUGGCGGAGUAAAAAAGACAGUCACACACACACACAUACAGAUAACAGGAGAAAAAUCGAUAGCGCAUCGCGGUUGUCUGCAAAGCGAUGGGAAGAAAAAUGUACAUUUUCCAAGCCACCCAUUUCCCAGUGUAUCUCCCUUUUCGUGUAUGUGUUGUGCGUGUGUGAAAUCCUUGGUUCGACAUCCUGUACCCGGUUGUGUUUCGUGGACCUCCAGCAAACCCCUUUACCCCCGUGCAGUGAACUUCGGCGGGGGAGACUACAGCCCGAAAGUCUCCGCAUGACUCUGAUACUGGUGCUGCUGUUUCUGAAAAACAUUUGCGUGUUUCUGAACAAGCUAGUGCUACGGUGUUACAACUCGUUCCUAAUUCAUCCGACGCACGGCCAUCUGGACGGUGGCAAGUACGGCGGUUACGGUGGCGGUGGAGGAGGAGGCCACAACAGUGCCUUCGGAACAGGGCUCGGCGUACGACCGCGCCGCACCCGUCGCAACCGGGCAGAACUAAUGCACAGCCGGGACGGUGGUAUGUACGGGGACAGCGGUAGAACGCAGCAGUACUACCACCACUACUAAGCGCGCGGUACAUAAUCAGUAGAAUGCAUGAGUGCUAGACCGCCGUCACCGCGUUCGCUCAGGGCCAGAGGUCGCUCCACUGCGUCACGGGGCUGCUCUGGCACGGGAAGAACGACGACAACGACAACGACAAACGCGGGCGUGGUGCCAGCGGCGGUGGUGGCGACGGCGGCAGCGGCAGCGGCAUCGGCGGCUGCGGCGACGGCGGCAGGAGCUGGAACGAACGACGACGAGGACGAGCUGAUGACGAUCAACGAGAACCGGAACGUCGGGAGUGGCCUUGGGCCGCCCGAUACCAUCCACGAACCGAACGCCAACGCUUCCCACCCCUCCAUCUCUUCCCAUUCUUCGUCUUCCUCCGAGACGGGCUCGGUCCACUCGGACGGUGAGCAGCAUUCGGUACUGCUGCUGGAGGACGGGUCGGGCACUUCCGGGCACCAUCCGAUGGAUGCUGGCGGGUGCAACGCUUGCUCGCUGGCGCUGGAAAACAACAACGGCUAUCAGGUGGUGAAGCACGAGCGGCCGCUCGUGAACGGGUGCGAGGACAUGUGGAGCUGGAACAAGCGCGACCGUUCGAAGGAGGUGUGGCUUAGCAGGUCGGACAAUCGGCGGGUGUACUUCCAUCCCAACUGGAGCAAGGGAACGGCCGGCAUACGGGGAACGCGCGUACUCAACAACGGACGCUAUUACUGGGAAAUCAGCCUUUCGCAGCGUGUCUUCGGUACGAGCAUGAUGUUCGGCAUCGGGACGAAAAAGGCACGGCUGCACGUAAACAUGUUCACCAACCUGCUCGGCGAAGAUCGCAACGGUUGGGGUCUCUCGCACAAGGGACUCCUGUGGCAUGGUGGCGUGGCCCGCAACUACACCAAACGCUUCAAGGAAAAUCAGCCCACGAAGAUCGGGCUGCUGUUUGACGGUGUGGCGGGUACGCUCACAUACUACAAGGACGACGUGUGCCUGGGCAUUGCCUUCCGCGGACUGAAUGAGAUCCGAGAACCCCUGUACCCGAUCGUCUGUUCGACGGCAGCCAAAACGGAAAUGUUACUGUCGGAAACGCGCCGUGACUUUGUCAACCUGCAGGAUCGCUGCCGGGCCAUCAUUAUCAAGCACAUUAACACGCGGGAAAAGCUAGACCGUUUGUCGUUGCCGUACUUCAUCAAGAACUAUCUAGCGGAGGCGGUCACGGAGAGUAAUGCGGCGGUAACACCACUCGAACUGCAUCUGAUCGAUCAGUAUCUAUACUGAGUCGUCGACAUGUGGUAGCAGCAUUGUUAUGCCCUGUUUCGUCCAUGUUUUUGCACCUGCGUUGUAGUCGUCGUCUCGUCACCCUAGCGAGCAAUACGAACCACUGCUUCCGUUGUUACGUUGUCUUUUUUGCUGCUCUUUUGUCGAAACAGGGUUUUAAGUUUGUUACUAGUCCUACCUCGUGUAUGUACCGCACGUGGACAACGAACGUCCCGUGUCCCGGUACCCUACGUACACUGGCGUGCCUAGCCAGCCGCCAGUUUCUAGCCAAAUUUCAACACCAGUUUCGUUAAACAGCCUUCAUUUGCGUUGUGCAAAUGUAAAUUUAACUGCAACUGUGUUGCGGUUCGAAUUGUCGUAAUCGAACCGCACGAGUUCCAGCCCGAGUCAGAUCUAGUCAUGAUCUCUACCCAUCAUCCGGUCACCGGUCCGUGGUGACUGAGAAAGUUUAAUAUCCGUGUAAAAGUAUUUUUCGUCAACUGGCGUACACCACCGACAGCCAGAAGUAAAGGAUUGGAAAUCCUUCCAAAAUUUCCACGUAGCUAACCGCUACCAAAGCCACUACUCUGUAAGGUCGACAAGAAAAGCUUCCCUGGGAAAUGGACGGGCACUGUGGGUGUGGACACCAACCACACAUAUUUCCUCGUUCAUGCUGUACAUAAUUAUUUGCAUUAGGGUAAUUUGUCCCGGUAACCUUACGAAUAGUACCAAAGAAAAGAGAAACAAAAAAACACCGAGGGAAUGUGGGUAAAAUCUUGUGUGGCAAAGUUAGUAUUUCUCGAGUGUGAAGUGAUGAGUGUGCAUAAGCAUUUUGGGCGUGAAUGAGCUUUCUUAGGGCGUGUGCGGGAAAACGGUUUUCCAUUUUCUGAUGAGCAGAUUAAAAAUUAUGCCGUUUUUUAAUUUACCCUUGUGAUAUGUUAAACAUGCGUUGCUAGUCAGUUACAUGCUUUUGCGUCUAACAAUUGGAUCUUUGGAGUUUAUAGGUUUUUUUUAUUAAAUAAUUUGUUUAUAAAAUUGCGCUUGUACACACAGUAUGUGAUCGGAUGAAGUGUGUACGAGCCGAAUUAUGUUUUUUAUACCUCAACUUUUUUAUGCAAUGAAAGAUUUUACACUAUUUAUAUACUUUUAUAUUUAUGUUAAGCAUUUGAAUUGUUUUCUAUUGUAUUUUGAGUUACCAUUAUCUGUCGGUUAGUCAGAAAAAAACCACACCCGUUAUCAGUAUGAAUGUGAACCGAUUCAAAAUUUUUACCAAAAAAAAUAAGGACGAUAAAUAGUCGCCUGGGGGGAAAAAGAAGGGCAUCAACACUAAACCAAAAACGAAAAAAAACUCUUUUUAGGUUGAAAAUAUUAUCUUCUGUUUCAAAAUUUAAAAAACGGGACACGAUCGGCGCUCGAUCGCCCGCACUCGUUGCCACAAGCACGGGUGCACGAUCCUGCCACGAUCGGCCCCAAAAAACGGAGCACAAAUGUAAACUAUGAAUUUUUGGAAUUUAAGCAAAAUAGAUGAAGAUUAUACUAGUAGUGAAGAAAGAAAAAGCAAAAAAGUUUAGGGAAAAACUUGUAAGGCAAAAAUAGGACCUAGGCGGGCACACAUUCGGUGGUGGCACCUUUUUGUGGAGAAAGGUUUAGGCAAAAUUAUUUAGGAUUAGGGGUUGAUAUGGUAAAGAGCUCGAGCGCGGAAGGCUACCGCUCCUACCAUUUCAACUAACUUUGGCAACUGGUUUAAGGCGCAAAAUUACCACCCCAAGAGAAGUGUAAGAAAUCGUACCGAAUCGUACAUAUUGGCAACCGCAUUUUUGGUAUUUACGGUGUGAGCGUGUUUGAAUGUAUGUGUGUGUGUGUGAGUGUAAGGAUUAGGAGCAGUGCUGUGGGUUACCUUAGGCGAGAGGGGAUCAAUUUGGGUUUGAUCCUUCUUUGUUUUUCCGAUCCCCGAAGCAAUCCCCCGCUUCACUUCAAAUUGAGUAACUUAAGGGUUGAUUUUAAACACCUACCCCUCCAUCUCCUUAGCAGCGAAAACCGAGAUCGAUUCCCCAUAAAAGGAUCGAUCUCAAAAGCGCACACAUAGUAAAAUUGUUUAAAAGGUGUUAUGUGAGGUAAUGUACGAGUUUUGUUUUUAACAUCGUUUUUACACAUCCCAAACAUGUGUGCUUAUGCCAUAUCAGCAAGCGCCCAACCACCACCCACCCGGAAGUGGCGUAAAAUGGGAGAUGGUUGCUCCCGAGCGCAUUUUCUUACACAGCAUCUCGCAUUACAAUGGCACACAUUGGGUCGAUGCUAUGCCGGCACCCCGUUACCAUCUUUGUGCUGUGUCACCGUGAAAAUUCAACGUGUGGUCCGUUUAAUGGAAGAUCGUUGCGUAAAAAGGAACCCUUUCGUGAGUGGCCACUGACGAAAAGGUUUAUUUUUCUCACCUUCAUGGUAGUGAAGUGUGUGAGGGGUUUAGGUCCACAAUGGUGCCUUGCUAUUGUGCAGCUAAAGCCAACAAACAGAAAUACACAUUCCAGACAUAAACAGAUUCCAGACAAAUUACACAACAUCCCAGACACUACAUUACACUAAGUUGCGUGACACUACCAAUAUUGUUAUAGAGCGUACCCAUCCAAUGUCUUACAGUAUCGGUAAAAAAAAACGUAAAAAAAAAACAAAAAACAUACAAAAAACCACGCAAUGCCUCAAACUUGCAAGUAGGUUCAUGUAACGGGCGGGGCUAACGUGGCCACUAGUUUUGCUGUACUGCGAGCAUCAGCAGUACAGGGAACGGAAACCAAAAAAAAAAAUAAAACUACCAAAUGAUGUAAAAUGUCAAACAAAAAAAAAA